CUCUAACGGAGAUAAUCUUGUUUGAUUUCAUCCAAAUCCUUAAUAUGCUACCCAAGUUUGGAGUACAUAAUAACUGGUGGAUUAAACAACGGCUUUACGUUGUCACUAUAAUAGGAAUGGCGCCAUUUGAGCCGAUAACGACAAACCUUGUAGAUUUCAUCUGCUGAUCUUAUAUUUGAUGAGCUAUUUCGUGGCCAGAGCCAUAAUUGUGACACGCAGGAGUGCCUGACCUGUAGAAUUCGCUCGAUGCGCCAAAGCUUGCACGUUAUUGGGAACAGUGUACGGCGAAUUUAGGCUUGAGUGGACAAUCUAUGUAACGAGUGGUCACAUUUGCUAAAAGCUAUAUACGAAGGACACAAGAUAGUUUAGGUUAGAAACCGAACGCAACCAGGUGCAAUUUGUUCCGUGCCAAGAGUCAGACGUGUGAGGCGGUGGUUAAAAGCUAGACGGCCCGUAAAACUCAAAACAUGUUUAUAAGCUAAUAGUGUAUAAUGAAUUUUACCAAUAAAUUAUUGGUAUCACUUGCCGAAUCGACGAACUGGAAACCACUACACCUGCCAUUCUACAGAAAAAAACAAAAUUGCCUAUUUUCUUCAGAGUUGAUUUCGUCUUCUGCUGUUGUUUGCUAAUCAACUAACAUAAAUCAUAAUAAAAUGGCUGAUACCGAUCUGCUCGACUACGAGGAUGAGGAGGAGCAGACUACAACUCAAACGCCCGCGGCGGCGGCAGGUGAUGCCGCUGUUGUCGGGGAUACCGGGGCUGGCAAAGAAGUAAAGAAGCCCGCUGGCGGUUACGUAUCAAUUCACUCAUCAGGCUUUCGAGAUUUCCUCCUUAAACCGGAGUUACUUAGGGCUAUAGUAGAUUGCGGCUUUGAACAUCCUUCGGCCGUUCAACAUGAAUGUAUUCCACAGGCGAUCCUUGGUAUGGAUGUAUUGUGCCAGGCCAAGUCGGGUAUGGGCAAGACGGCUGUGUUCGUUCUUGCUACUCUUCAACAGCUUGAGCCUGUCGACGGCGAGGUGUCGGUGUUGGUCAUGUGCCACACACGCGAGCUGGCGUUUCAGAUCUCGAAGGAGUACGAGCGCUUUUCGAAGUACAUGACCGGCGUUCGUGUGGGGGUAUUCUUCGGAGGUCUGGCCAUUGCGAACGACGAGAAGACCCUCAAGACAGCUUGUCCUCACAUCGUAGUCGGCACCCCCGGACGCAUCCUCGCGCUUGUCAACACCAAGAAACUCUCGCUGAAGAACAUCAAGCACUUUGUGCUCGAUGAGUGCGACAAGAUGCUCGACUCACUCGAUAUGCGACGGGACGUUCAGGAAAUCUACCGUAAUACGCCCACCGAGAAGCAGGUGAUGAUGUUCUCAGCUACGUUGUCUAAGGAAAUUCGGCCUGUCUGCCUGAAAUUCAUGCAGGACGCCAUGCAGGUAUACGUUGACAAUGAAGCAAAACUCACACUUCACGGCCUUCAACAGUAUUACGUCAAGCUGAAGGACAACGAGAAAAACCGCAAGCUGUUUGAACUUCUUGAUGUACUCGAGUUCAACCAAGUCGUGAUCUUCGUUAAGAGCGUACAACGUUGCAUGGCGCUUUCGCAGCUGCUAGCCGAACAGAACUUCCCGGCGAUCGCCAUUCAUCGUGCGAUGACACAAGAGGAGCGCCUUUCGCGCUAUCAACAAUUCAAAGACUUCCAAAAGCGUAUUCUCGUUGCGACCAACUUGUUUGGGCGUGGUAUGGAUAUCGAACGUGUAAACAUCGUUUUCAACUAUGACAUGCCUGAGAAUACGGAUACGUACCUUCACAGAGUUGCCCGAGCUGGUCGUUUCGGUACUAAAGGUCUUGCGGUGACGUUUGUGUCCGAUGGUGAAGACGCCAAGACACUGAAUGACGUACAGGACCGAUUUGAUGUCAGCAUCCUGGAACUUCCCGACGAAAUCGACAUCUCCUCAUACAUUGAAACAAACUGAGCGCGUAAAUCCGGAGAACCAGUAUAAUUUCCCUCAUUCGCUCGUAGUGUUGAUAACUACUGCAUUAAAUCAACAAGGACAGCUAUGACGUUUGUCUAGCAUGGCACAUGCUUCAGAAGUUUUUUUUAUUAAUAAAUAUUAUUGCUAAUACGACAAUUAUACUACACAGUAUCAUCAUUAUGUUAUGUUUACCGACCUCUGUUGAGUUACUUAACAUCAUCUGCGGCUGUUUGGACAGUAAUACUAAGACUUCAGUAACAGUGCUAAUACGCACACCCUGCGCCCCACUGAGUGCAGCCAGAAGUGCAUCACAUCGAAAAAUUGUUUUGAGGUUAUUGCAGGCAAAAUCGAGUCAUCCGAAAUGCUCGUAUUUCUGCAAGUAAUUUGUUUUAAGUAUUGACGAAUAUAUCUUUGCUAGAAAUAGACGGCUUUGAAGAUGGUUUUGGGCUUGUACAAAUAGCAGCUAGAAAAUUGUAUACAAAUACAUCAACGUGGUUAGAUAAAGAACGAAAAUUUAAUCCAGAGUGAAUCGUGUUUGCUUGGCCUGAUCUCGGGCAAAGGACAUUUCAAUAAUCAAUCUAACGCAGUGCCUAUUUCUCAUAAACAUAAGUGUAAUAGGAAGAAACGAAUAAAGGAAAUUUGGGCAGAAUCCAAGUUGAACCACAAAAGUUAUAUUUUUUAUAGGAAUCGAAGAUCUAUAGACGAGAGUAAAUUUAUUUACAAAAUAAGGCGACGAAAAAUUAAAACUUGUAUGGGCAUUGUGAGGAAAGGGAGCAAGUAGAUGCUACAACCUGUCAUUAUUACCGAAAGAUUACGAAUAAAUAUCGAACGUUCAUUUUGUCCAUUA